AUGAAUUUCUUGAACUCAGCAGCAUCCAUAUGCAAAAUAGUUAGCUUGAGGGAACUAAUCACAGAGGUUGCUACUUACGGUGGCAGUGGCAUUUCCGAUGGUUCUUCAAGUCGGUUGAGUUUGGUGUUUAAGCGUUGGGCUACGAAGAAAACCAGUGGUUCAACAAAGAACGAAGGAUCAUACUCUGUUUGCAUCGGAGGAAGGAAGGACGAGUCAGGUUCUAGAAAACAAGAUCAAUGGACGCAAAUGGAUUCUGUUGAUCCUAAGGGAGGUCAUGUUCUUCACUAUAUCUACACUAGAGCUGCUCCGACUAAGAUGGAGACAGCUUCUUCGUCGUCGUGA